UUCGCCGAUCUGAUGGGGAGCAGAACCUAGUAGUGCUCGGCAACCUUCGGUGUUUUCCGUUGGGGCCCGGCCGCCAUUUUCUCGCUCCCUCUCUCUACUCGCUAGCUGCGCGGCUCCCUGCCCUGGUCGCCAGCGCUUUGUCCUGUUCGGCGAUGGACGGCAUUGUUACUGAUGUUGCAGUUGGUGUGAAGAGAGGAUCUGACGAACUUCUUUCAGGCAGUGUACUCAAUAGCCCGAACUCUAAUAUGAGCAGCAUAGUAGUUACUGCCAAUGGUAACGAUAACAAGAAAUUCAAGGGUGAAGAUAAAAUGGAUGGGGCUCCUUCUCGUGUUCUUCAUAUCAGGAAAUUACCAGGGGAAGUGACAGAAACAGAAGUUAUUGCUUUGGGAUUACCUUUUGGUAAGGUAACCAACAUUCUCAUGCUGAAAGGAAAGAACCAGGCUUUUUUAGAACUGGCAACAGAAGAAGCUGCUAUCACUAUGGUAAAUUACUAUUCUGCUGUGACACCUCAUCUUCGCAAUCAACCCAUAUAUAUUCAGUAUUCAAAUCAUAAAGAAUUAAAGACUGAUAAUACACUGAAUCAGCGAGCUCAAGCAGUUCUACAGGCAGUAACUGCUGUACAGACAACAAAUACUCCCAUAAGUGGAACUACAGUUAGUGAGAGUGCAGUAACUCCAGCUCAGAGUCCAGUCCUUAGAAUAAUUAUUGACAACAUGUACUACCCAGUAACCCUUGAUGUUCUUCACCAAAUAUUCUCUAAAUUUGGUGCAGUCUUGAAAAUAAUUACUUUCACAAAAAAUAACCAAUUUCAAGCAUUGUUACAAUAUGGCGAUCCUGUAAAUGCCCAGCAAGCAAAGCUUGCAUUAGAUGGUCAGAAUAUUUAUAAUGCCUGCUGUACCUUACGGAUUGAUUUUUCCAAAUUGGUCAACUUGAAUGUAAAGUAUAAUAAUGAUAAAAGUAGAGAUUACACUCGUCCUGACCUUCCUUCUGGUGAUGGUCAACCAGCUUUGGAUCCAGCUAUUGCUGCUGCAUUUGCAAAGGAGACUUCACUUCUAGGGCUUCCUGUUGCAGCUGUUCCAGGAGCGCUGAGUCCUUUGGGUAUUCCAAAUGCUGCGGCGGCGGCCGCAGCAGCAGCAGCUGGCCGUGUGGGUAUGCCUGGAGUUUCAACUGGUGGCAAUACAGUCCUCUUGGUUAGCAAUUUAAAUGAAGAGAUGGUUACGCCCCAAAGUCUGUUUACCCUCUUCGGUGUUUAUGGGGAUGUACAGCGAGUGAAGAUUUUAUACAAUAAGAAAGACAGUGCUCUUAUACAGAUGGCUGAUGGAAACCAAUCACAGCUUGCUAUGAGCCAUCUUAAUGGGCAGAAAAUGUAUGGCAAGAUUAUUCGUGUCACUCUUUCCAAACAUCAAACAGUUCAGCUACCUCGAGAAGGUCUUGAUGACCAAGGAUUAACAAAAGAUUUUGGCAAUUCACCUCUUCAUCGUUUCAAGAAGCCCGGUUCAAAAAACUUUCAAAAUAUUUUUCCUCCAUCUGCAACUCUUCAUUUAUCUAAUAUUCCACCAUCAGUAUCUGAAGAUGACCUGCGCAUGUUGUUUGCUAAUACUGGAGGCACUGUGAAAGCAUUUAAAUUUUUUCAAAGAGAUCACAAGAUGGCUCUUCUUCAGAUGUCAACAGUAGAAGAAGCUAUCCAGGCUUUGAUUGAUCUGCAUAAUUACAAUCUUGGAGAAAAUCAUCAUCUGAGAGUUUCUUUUUCCAAAUCAACCAUUUGAAGGGAGAUAUCAAAAUAAUAAGGUUGUAUCACAUUGUUUAGUGUUGUCAUCUAUGACUGUUCGGGAAAGCGGGGACCAGAGAUGGACAUCUGUUUUUCAUGCUGUUAUCAUUCCUUGAUUGUUUAUGUAUAAAUGAAACGAAAAAGGAUUUACAAGGAAGAAGCAGUGAUAUUAUCUGCUGGUUUUGCAUAUGUUUAUGAAACCAUUUUGUUUAAAGGGGAUUCUGAGGAAAUCCCAUAGUUUUUCAACUUAGUUAACAUACGUGCCUUAAAGAAGGAAAACUUAGAGUUGCAUUUACUAGUUAAAAAUUUGGUUGUUUGGGGCACAUUAUAUGGGAAUUAAUAGGUGCAGUCCAGUGAAUGUUAGGUUUGCAUUUAUUUCAUUGAAAUCAAAGAAUUAAAACGUUGAUUUCAGGGAAUUUGCUGCACCUAACUUCUGCAGGAUUAUGCCAAAUAUGUAUUAGGCAGGAGUGUGUAAAAAGGGUUAAGCUUUUUUUUUUUU